AGCAGGUCCUGAAACGCGCCGUGCGCCGCCGCCGGAUGCUGCGCGCAGGCAGGCUGGUCAUUUUGAGAUCAAUAGCAAAGCUCGCUUAUGUGCAGUACGGUGGUUGUUUUUGGUCUCCUGAACAGGAGCGCGGAGUAAAACAUCUUUUGAAUUCCGAUUUGACUUGAAGAGGUUCGCCUCUAAAACUCACUCAGUCACCGGGAGCCGGUUUGUGCAGCGCGUCCCGGUCCACUCAGGAGGUGACAGAAAGAAGAUACAUCUGAAGUCUAAGGCUUUUUUACUUGAACCACAAAGUGCUUUUUUUUUCCUUUUUGUUUUUGACUGACUUUGCAUAAUUAUUUAUUUUUUUUACAUUAUAUUCUUAAUUUUUUGGGCACGUGACAUUUUUUGUUGGAUAUGACACCGCAUGAUGUGAUCGCUUGUCCGCACUCAGACGCUGAACUGAAGGGGGAUCUUCACGUGAGAACAGCAGCCGAGGACGAUUUAUAAAAAAAAAGAAGAAAUGUGCACAGGACAACCGGGAUCACUGGAUCUGUAAAGAGCUGUUCUACCUUUCGCGCCUAAUUUUUAAAUGUUAUUUAUUUAUUGAUUGUUUUCUAAAAGACUGACGGGAGAGUUGUGCCUCCAUCGGUGAAAGUACGGGGGGGUGGGAGGGUGUUCACGGUCAGCAGACCGACAAGAAAAAAAGAGCAAAAUAGUCAUACUUUCCUUGCUUUACGUAUUUUGUUUAUUUUUCGUGUUUUGGAUGAAUAAUUGUUAAAAACUUAGACAUAUUUUUGCCGACCUGGGACUGGCGCUACUUGACCCACAGCAGAAGAAAGGAAGACAGAAGCUCCUCUGGUUCAGGAGACACCACAACUAAUCCGCUGCUGUGAUUCCAAUUGUUCCUUCAUUCUAAUUUUUUUUUUUAGUUUUUUGAUGUUUGAACGCCUCAUUUUAACUUUUCGAUCAGAUGUGUUGCUUUUACCUUUAAACACAAUCUUUUUUUAACAAGGAAAAAAAAAAAAACUAUCUUUUUGAAGGAAAGCCUUUUUAGUCACUGGAAGUCCCAUCUGUCAUCAUAGCCCGCAAAGUGGAAGACCGAAGCGGGUGUUGUUUUUAAGAUCCUCUGGUUGCUUGAAGGGCCCUGGAGCCCCCUCUCUGCACCGAUGGAGAUUCAUUGUAAGCACGACCCGUUCGCGGCGAUGCACAGACAUGGCGGCGUGAACCAACUCGGAGGCGUGUUUGUAAACGGCAGACCUCUUCCAGACGUGGUCCGACAGCGAAUAGUGGAGCUCGCCCAUCAAGGGGUUCGACCCUGCGACAUCUCGAGGCAGCUACGGGUCAGCCAUGGAUGCGUCAGCAAGAUACUGGGCAGGUACUAUGAAACGGGCAGCAUCCGCCCUGGGGUAAUCGGGGGAUCCAAACCAAAGGUUGCUACACCCAAAGUGGUCGACAAGAUCGCCGAUUACAAACGCCAAAAUCCCACCAUGUUUGCCUGGGAGAUCCGGGACAGGCUCCUGGCCGAGAGAGUUUGCGACAACGACAGCGUUCCCAGCGUCAGCUCCAUCAACAGGAUCAUACGGACUAAGGUUCAGCAGCAGCCAGGUCAAGCGGGCUCGGUGUCGGCUCACAGCUUAGCGACGUCUGUAGCUGCCACGCAGGUUUCAGCGGUCACCAGCGACUCUGCUGGCUCGUCAUACUCAAUCAGUGGCAUCCUGGGAAUCAGCUCUGCUGCUGAUGUGGGCAAGAGGAAGAGGGAUGAAGUUUUACAGGAGUCACCGCUGGCUAACGGGCAUGGCCACAGUGGGCGGGACUUCCUCAGGAAGCAGAUGAGAGGGGAGCUGUUCUCGCCGCAGCAGAUUGAGGUAUUGGACCGCCUCUUUGACAGACAGCCAUCUUGUCCAAUCCAAACCACCACUGAGCUCUAUGUGAGCCCUGACUCUGGCAAGACAUCAGACUACUCAGCCAUGGCCUCUCUAGCAGGCGGACUGGACGAGAUGAAGAACAGUUUGGCCAAUCCAGGCACAGGGACAGAGUUAGGAUCCAAUGUGUCUGGCCCACAAUCCUACCCGCUAGUUCCAGGUCGAGACCUGGCCAGCACAACUCUGCCAGGCUACCCUCCUCAUGUGCCCCCAACUGGACAGGGCAGCUACUCCACUCCCUCGCUCACUGGCAUGGUACCGGGAGGAGAUUUUUCUGGAAGUCCAUAUUCCCACCCACAGUAUUCCACGUACAAUGAAUCAUGGAGAUUUCCAAACCCUAGUCUAUUAGUGUUUCAGCAGGAUUAUGGGUCUCUCCUGGGGACGGAGAUCGGCUGCUCGUCCAGUCUCUUCACCAGUCAGGCAGGACAAAUGCAAGGAUCACCGUAUUAUUACAGUGCAACGUCAAGGGGAGCAGGCCCUGCUGCCACUGCAACAGCCUCUGCCUACGAUCGCCACUGACCCCUCCAGAAAGAAGAGAAGGAUGGAGAGCAGGAAGACCAGGGAGGAAAUAAAUGGAUAGCACCAGCACCGUUCAGUAAAAACCUGCCUGUAUGAGCAAGGACUGAGGCAAGAAGGAGUUUUUCAGAUCUUUUGACAUCAGUGAUGUUUGCUUUUCAUUUGAUUCCAAACCAACAAACAUUUGUUUUGGCUUCAAAACAAUACUGCCUGGUUGUACAUUACUGUACAAAUACAGAAAACAUUUUAUUAAAAGUACCAUUACAAAUUUGGACCCUCCUACAUUAUGUUCAGACUUUUUUAUUUCCAUUCAUGAAACCCAAGAAGUCAAGCUAGUUGUUUUGUUUAGAGACUGCUAUAUAUUUGAACAAAUCAGAGCAAAUCCCUUCUUAGACAGUACUUUUUAUGACUUGACAUCAAUCAAUUUUCUAUGCCAUGCUGCAGUGGAGUGAAGACAAUCCAAUCCUCAUAAAUCUGAAAGACCAAAAUCCUCCAUGAAUUUAUUCUACUUUGUUUUCUGUGGCUUCAACACAACUAAUCUAGAAACACAAUGUUGAACGAGUAACAACUUUUUAUGGCAGAAGUAUACCAUCCCUCUAUCUUUACUUUUUGUUACUUUGUUUGAGCCUUUUAUGCCAGCUGAGCACAAGGAAGAAAGUGUGUAGAAAUGGUAUUUAUACCCUUUUCUGUUACUUACAAUCACAAACCGUGAAAGAAAAGAAAAUGACACAUUCUUUUAACUGAAAACCCUCCUCAUAGCAUGAUGCUGCCACUAGUCUCCAGGAUGAUGUGCAGUGUUCCUCAUUUCAGCUGCGUACUACUUUGUGUUGGUAUAUCAAAUAACAAACAGAAAUUACAAUGAAAUUUGUGGUUAUAAUGUAAAGGAAAAAAAUCUGAGGGGCAUGAAUACUUUGCCCUGUAAAGUAUUCAGGAGGCUGGAGUUAGUUUCCCAAAGUGGCAUUUUUUAGCUUUCUGGUUGUAAGAUUCAGUAAAAACGUAUCAAAUGUGCAGCCUGAUUAGCUCAUCAUCACUUAUAAUCACUGUUUAAUGGUGGGGUUUGGCAAACAUCAGCACUAUUACCUAAUAAAACCUGCAUCCUCACAACAUGGUUAUAUUUAGAGAACGGGCUGACCGAUGCCAAAGAUGGCAACCACCCCUCACCUGCUUGGAAAUUGUUUGACUGGUAAACCAGAAGCAUUUCUUAGCUUUCCCACAUCAUGUGCAAAAUAGCAUGUUCAUACACUGUACGUGCAGACAGGUUAGAAUCAAACUUGCUUGUGAAGGCACUGCAGAGAUCUUAACAGAUUUAAAACCUAAAGUUUUAAUAACACCUGACCUUUUUAUUUUCCUUACAUAAAUGGCAAUGUUUUAACCAGUUUUGAUCUGACCUAAAGAGAGAAUACUGAGAUAUUUUAGUUGCAAUAUUUCAGAUAACUAGGUGGAAAUCAAAUCAGUUUUAGAAGUUUCAGGUUGUCUCAAUUUAUCCAUGCCUUCAGAUCCAUGCUUGCAUUUAAGUGGCGCAAAUGACAUCAGACAACUAGAGUAUUUACCCUUUACAGAUGUCUUCUGCUUCUUUCUUUAUGAGUGACACAUUUAUUUAUUGAGAAGAAAGCCAUUAAAACCAGCUUCACAAUGUAAUUGUACCCCUGCUUAAUUUUACAUUUACUGUGAUUUAACAAAUUGUUUUUGGUUCAAUUUAAUCAGCCAAAUCUCUGGACCUGUAAAAUCAGGUAUUCUCCAAUCACAUCUCAAUGCAAAGCAAAACUAACAAAGAGACAAAGCUAUUGACCUAUCAGUCUGACCAGAGUCACAAAAUAAUUGUAUAAGUCUUUGGGACAGUUGACAAAUUCAGAAAACAUCCAACACUUGUGAACUUUUGCAGGAGUGGACAGCCUUCUAAAAUUAUUCACAAAUUCAUCCUUAUCCAUAAGGUCCCCCGAAAAGACCAGAACAAUGUCUGCAGGCCUGGCUUGCCUCAGUUAGAGUCAGUGGCGAAAUUGUAAUCAAAAAGAACCGAAAGGCCUGUAAGGCGUCUUAAUUUUUCCUGGGAAUUUAGGGAAACAUUUUCUGGACUAGUUUGAAGAAAAGUGGAAACUGUGUCUGAGGAUUUCUGUGUCUGUAUUUAAAUCAGAAGAGAAAAUGUUUGAUGAUAUGAAACAUUAAAGUGUGACCAUAGCAGAAGCACAAGACAUCUGCAAAGUGGCAAAUACUUUCUCAUAGCACUAUACAUGCCUGUCAGUAAAGCACAACCUAAAAUCUGAGCCCUCCACUAUAUGAACUGUUCAAAUAAACCAAAAAUCUUUCCCACCUAUUGUUGUCACUGUACAUUAAGGUGCUAUCCUACCUCCCCAGCAAAGAUUUUGUAGUCCUGUUCAAGAGCUAUUUAUCAUGGAGUAAUAUAUUCAGAGGUUUUCCUGCGCUGCACUCCUGGGUGAGAGUAAACGCUUGUGAUUUAUGAUAGUGUCAUGUGCUAGAAUAGUGAUAAUAUGAUGUGGAUGACGAUGCAGUUAAUAAUGAAAUCUGAAAAACCUUCAGUACAAUAAGAAGUCUUUGUUUAUAAAUGUGAUCAAAUUGAGAUUUUCCUGUUUAUAGUUUGUUGCCUGGUACCAAUGGACAGAGGCGUCUCCUGCAAAUGUUCAGAUCAAGAACCAGGAAUCAACCCUUGUUUUCUUGUUCUCUGGUUCUCCUGUGCUGUCGAUUACUUUUUUUAAAACUCCCCAAAGAUGGCUCCCCCUAGUGGAUUGGCUGACAAAAGCACAAAGAGACUCAAAUCACUGUUUUUAUCGAGUUCUUCUCCUCUUCUUUCUGACUGCUUGUGUUGUUGGAGAUACUGAAAGAAUUCCUAUAAAGCUUUGUUUUUAUGAAAAAUCUGUGAAAGGUUUCUCCUGUUCUUUCAAGUUGACUUUGGUUUAUUCCCUACAUCACUUCUGCGCUGCGACAAUUGCUUGACACCAGGGUUGAGGCCUUACCCAUCAUGUUUAGAAUAGGAUAGACUUGCCUUCUGGCAUUGAUUUGAAAUCAGUGUGUUGUUCUUCACACACAUCAGAGUGUGCGGGCAACGUCUUCCUUGUUCGCAAGAUUUAAAGAAAUCAGUGAAACAGAAAACAAUUUUAUUUAUUCCCGUUCAAAUUUCAGAGUACAAGUUUUAUUCAUGAAAACAGCAAACAGUUUAAAGCCACUCGCUGUGGUUUUAGCAGAUAUCUGCAAGUGUUUACAAAGUCUUUGGUUUCCUUUCUUUAUCAUGGUUGGCUCGCUAUUGUUCAUCAUUGCUGCUGUGCAGUUUUAGUAAACACCAAAUCUACAGUGGGGAACAAAACAGAGGUUUACAAACCUCUGCUAAGCAAGAUCAUUUUAAAACUUUACUCUUUCUUUGAUCUUUUUAUUUUAACUUGUAAUAGAUUUGAUCAUUUUACAUUUGUAAAAGUUCUGCAUCUACAUCGCUAAAGAAGAGUUGUGUGACAGCGGACCUGCUGGUCCUCAUCUUAGCUAUAGACUUUCCUUUUUUCUGUCUUUUUCUCUCAGUCCUUCUGAGGCAUUAUUGAACCUGAACCACACCAGCUGAAAACAAGGACAGUGCCUUUGGUUUUAUAUAUGUCGACAUCCCCCUUACUGAAUGUGAGACGCUAAAACUAAAAUUGGCCUCACUGUCUCUUAUGUCUAUUAAAAUACUCUGGACAUCUGCAUUUGUAAAUUCAAACAAACCUCUCAACAGUGACAUAAAGCUUCACCUUCCACACCUAAAACUGAUCUACCACAGUCUGAGUCAUAGAUGAGGGAAAUGAAUGUGUUUUCAAUCACAGACCUGCUAAACUUCAUUCUCUUUUAUCAGCUCUAUACAUGGCAGCAUAUUGCUUAGAAUAAUUAGACGAUAAAUUUGAUUUCUUAUUUAGAUGUCAGUAUUUUAACCGCUUCUGACUUAAAGUUUAGUUAAUGUUCCUUCCCCUGUUAUGAUAAAGUUGCCAAGAUGUGCACUUUUGUAAACACCAGGCAGCUCUCUUGAUGUAGACCUGAGAGCAGAUCAAUCGGUGAAUCGAUAGCUGUAUCAGCUGCACUCCACUUACUUUUAUACUAGAACAUUCAGAAGCUGUCAAUGUACCCCAUAAAGAUAAAGUUAUCUCAUAUUAAAUGUCUUUAUUUUAUAUCUUAAUAGCUUAAAGAGAUAUUUUGGUCAGCCAAAAUCAGUAAUAGCAAAACUCUAAUUGGUGCAUCUCUAAUUAAUUUUAUUUGAAUGUCAAUGACUUUUGUUGGACUCCCGACAGAAAACACACAGGCCUGUAUGGAUGCUUCCAAAAGCCAAGUGAAGAUGAUUAACUAAGGUUUAACUUCAAAGUACUGUAGUAUGCUAGGUAGUUAAAAUGUUGAAGUGUAGCAAGUCAGCGUCAAAUCACUUUACAAAAAGUCUGUCAUCUUGAUGAAAACCAACAAUCAGAAACUAUGAAUAAGCCUUUAAUAUUCAACUCAGACUGUUUCAAAUGAAAUAUUUAUGUAUUGUAUGUAAAUUGAGGGCAGGUCACCCCAAAUACUGUAGAAUGCUGUUUUACAAGAGGAGAACAAAUACUAAUAUUGUGCAGAUUUGUACAUUGGCGCAGGAACACAAUGUAAACUUAAAGAGUUAUAAUAUUUCUAUGAAUAUUUCCUUAUCGACAGAGCUUUUGGCCUGGAUCUGUGAUUGAAAUGUUCACAUUCAAGAACUGCUGAAUAAAACAGUAAAAAGAGAUGCCACACAGGCAAAAACACCCGCUUCCUUUCAGAUACAAAUCUAACCAACACAAAAGAUACAACCCAGCCAGCUAAUGAUCGAAAAUAUUUACAUUCACACGUUUAUGGGGCGGCAGCCUCAAACAGGCUAAACUUAGCGCCUGCUACCUUUUGCAGCUCAGAAUCAGCUGGCGAUGCAUUAACAGGAUUAUUUGUUAACUCUGCGUCUCAUAGAGAAACAGCCUCUCCUGCCACUGCUUUGACCCAACGGGUUCACAUGGGGAGAGAAAGGAUUGUCUCUGACCAGCAGUGGUUUCGAUUUGCAGCUGUGACAUUGACUGGGAGACUUGUCAUUGCGGGUGGUAGUGACUGUAGAAAGCGUGCUGGGCAGAGGCCACACACAUACAGACACACACCCACACACAGUCUUAUAGAAAUAUUAGUAUAGACGCACUCUCUCCCUCCCUUUGUCCUCUGCAAAGUGGUGAUCGCCCCUCCUCUUGUUCCCCAGGGGAGCACAAACCUGCUGUGCCAUCACAAGCUCGUCCCGUUUCUCCUCUCCCCCCCAAUUCCUCGGCCCUAAUCUCAUCAUAUCUCAUGCACUCAUCUUCCUCACUUCACUUCUCUGCUGUCCUCCUGUAGGACUGCCACACCACCAGGAUAAGGUAUAGCAGAACUGUGUGUUGAUUUCAAGCAUGUGACCUUUCUUGAAAAGUUCUCUUUGUUUCAUCAGACAGCUCUGUUAAAAAUCCAAACAAUAUUUUAGAUCAGAUCUUCCUCCUUGCAGUGCUAUAAAAAAUAAUUUCCUCCUUUACAGAUUUCCUGUUUCUGCUUUGUUUUUUUUUGUUGUUGUUUUUUUUGACGUACUUAUAUUUCAGAUCAGAAAAAUUACAUUAGUUAAAAGAAAAAAGUAGUUUCAAAUUUUUUAUUAUUAAUGGAAAAAAAGCUAUCCAAAAUGGCAAAACCCCAGAACUGUUUCGCCUUACCUUCAAUCAUCUGGGAUAUCUGUCACUGCGUUUUUUACAUCUCUGUGGAGGAAGUAUGGCCCACUCAUCUUUGUUCUAAUUCAGCCCCAUUGGUGGGUUUUCCAACAUAAAAACAUUGUUAAUGCACGCACCACCUCAUACUAACUGGAUACUAACUAGACUCUUUGACAAGUACAAUUUGUUUGGAUGGAAGUUUGCUUUUGGGAUUCUUUUAGCCUACUUCCUGUUGGCUUUCAGGUUCUGUUUAAACAUCUGAGCUUGGCUAGUGAAAGGACAAAAACUGUGGCUGAAAUAAUUAAAUUGUGAUUUAACAAAAACUUCUCUGUUUUUAUUCAAGUUAUGUUUGAAUGAUAUGAAAAAUUCUUGAAGUAUUUAAGUGUAACGAAAAAGCAAAAACAGUCUAAAUCUGAAAGGGGUCUAAUACUUUUUACAACUCUGUAAGAAGGUAAAAAAAAACAACAACAACAAACAUUCAAAACCUGCUUCACAUCAAACAAACAAAAAUACUUCUCCACCCCUGGAUUCAAUCUUAAAAAAAAUAGAUAACAUGCGUUAUUUUGAAUCCAGCUCCAAGUCAAAUCAGAGGCAGAAAUAAAUGCAAAUCAGGUUGUUUUUUUUGUUUUUUUAAAUUAUGAUUUUCCACCAAGUGUGCGCUGCUCGGCUGUAUCUCAAUAUGAAUCCCAAACCAGAGGGGAAUUCAGCAUCACAUCUUGACAGCAAUUAGUGGCACAAUCUGUUCCAUGCUUGCAGAUAUAACUAGGCUUCAGACAGAUCUCACGCUGAAGCGUUACAGCGUUCCCUACAUCUUUAUAUUAUUCAACUGUGGAAGAGAACUAAUGCGCACGAAUCAGCCUACAAAAACCUGACUUAAGCAGCUGUUUCAAUCAAAAAAAGAAAUGGAUACAUGAGUUCUCACCUUACUGUGGCCUUUUGUGUAACAAUCUGGAGUUGUUUUAAUAUUAUGUUGAUUUUGUGUGUAUGCUUGCGUGCGUGUGUGUGUGUGUCCAUGGCUUCCUAUUUAGGCUGUUGAGGAGAUAUUUCUAUUUGUGUUUUGGCUAAAAAAUAACAAAAAAAUAUGAACAAAAAACACAGGAAUACAGAAAUACAUUGUGAUGCAAAGACAUACAAGGAAUAAAUUUGGUUUCAAUAUUUUCCUUUCUUUAAAAUACAAACACAACUAAAAGAAAACAUAUCCGUUAACAUUCACCAAAGCCUGUGAUGCCUGUUUUAAAUAUUCGAUUCUUGUACAAAAACAUAUAAAAGGGCAGAAAAGACUUACAGAUACAUAAAAUGAAGUAUUGCCUUUGAAUAUUCUGGAGGGGAUGGUUUGAAAAAAAGUGAAAUGCUUCUUUAUGAAAAUGUGUAUGUUUUUUAUUCAAUUUUCUAGUAGUUGCAAACAAAUCUUGGUGUUUUUUCUCUCUGUGUGUUGUGUGUUGUCUUAAUAUUUGAAUGUAUUUUACUGCAGUGCGACUUUGCCAAAGAUAUCAUAUCACUUGAUUUCUCUUCAACAACCCUCUGUUUUAUUUUUUGCUCCUGACUGGUAAUUGGUUUUAAUCCCGAAAGCCGGAAAUAAAUGGUGAAUUUGUUAUAAGGCUUAUGUUUUCUAUUUUUAUGGUUAUAUUAUGGUUAUUUAAUUUCCUGGCUUUGAUUUUUACUGUGAAAUUUUGAAUUACAGUUUGCUUGAUGCAUCUCUUCAUACUCAGUCUGUGUACCUGUCCAUCUGUCCACCAGAGUGACUGUUUGUUGGUGAAUUAUUCCAUUUAUGUAUCAGUAAUGUGAAACUGAGAAGUAACUAUUUGUAAAUAUUUGCCAUAAUUUUAUUGGUCCUUCAGAAUAAAAAUAAUUUUUUGGAAGUUAAA